AUGGCUAGUUGCAAGCAUGUUUUCAUGUUGGCUUUAAUUGUAACAGUGUCUUUGUCUAACAUUAAUAUGAGCUUGGCAGCUCGUCAACUUUUGCAAACGCCUGCAGCUCCACCCCCAGCAUUGACGCUGCCUAAAAUUCCAUCUCUGCCAACAUUGCCUCCAUUGCCCUCAGUGCCAACACUGCCUCAAGCCACAUUGCCACCACUACCUAGCACUCCAUUGCCAACUCAACCAACUCUACCAAGGACCACAUUGCCACCAUUGCCAAGCACCCAAAUCCCCUCGUUACCAAAUCCAACUUUGCCAACAUUUCCUAAGGUGACUCUUCCUCCUCUGCCAGCCACUCCAUUGCCCACCAUCCCUACAACAAUCCCAUCAAUCCCUACCAUUCCAACCACAAUUCCAACUAUUCCUUUCUUCUCCCCACCCCCAUCAAACUGA